GGAGCAUUGACUGACCUGUCAAUAAACAUCACGAGAAGCUGACACAACACGUUAAAUGCGACGAGAUCCAUGUAUUGGAAAUUUCACCCCUAGUACGCCUUGAAAGCAAUAAUGGAUUCGAAUGCAGCAAAACGACGAAAAAUAGACCACGGAAAUGGAGGUCCGGCUUUCGAAGUCGCCAGUACAACCGCUUCGUCGAUGGGUGCUUCAGGCGCGAGCGCAUUUGUCUUAGAGACGGAAGAGCUGUUGAACGAAGUCAAGUAUGACUAUGACAAAGCUUCCGCCAGCGUCCAAGAUACCUUGCGACGGUUCAAGGACAUAAUCGAAGCUUCAGAACCUCAUGAUCCACAUCCUAUUGGUGAUUUAUCGGCAAAGUUCGAGAAGGCCAACCGAAUUACGAUCCCUUACCCUGAUCCCAAACCAGCGAAAGAUUCACCUUAUAAGCUCUCCUUCGAGACGCCGGCUCAGAUCAAUGUUGUAGGAAGCUGGAUUCUGAAGACCAACAUCAAAUCUCAGUCGGAUUUGGCCAUCGACAUGAUUGUUGUUAUGCCUACAUCCAUAUUCCAAGAGAAAGACUACUUGAAUAUGAGAUAUUUCUACAAGAGGGCAUACUACUUGGCUUAUAUAACCUCAUCUCUUCGUCAGGCACUGGAUCCUACUAUGGAAUUCUCCUUCGACCAUUUACAUGGCAACAUGUUAUUACCUGUACUUAUUGCUCAACCGAAGGAUAAGUCAACUCCGCCAAUACGUGUUAUCCCGUGCGCUCCAGAGGGUUACUUUCCAACAGCAAAACUUACCGCUAGCAGCAACGCCAUCAGACAAGGCAAUUCCGAGACUGAUGAGACCAAAGCAGCUACGCCUUUUUAUAACACAACCCUCAAGGCCGAAAGCCAAUUCACAUCAUAUUUGAGACUACUUCACAAAGCCGCCAACUCAUGUCCUGCUUUCAAAGAUGCAUGUGUUCUAGGACGUAUAUGGUUGCAGCAGCGAGGAUUCAGUGGUAGCAUUCGCGGUGGCGGCUUUGGUCAUUUCGAAUGGGCAGUUCUGGUGGCUCUCCUUUUGCAAGGGGGUGGUCGGAAAGGAGAAGCAGUUCUCUCACCUUCGCUGCACAGCACCCAGUUAUUCAAGGCUACUCUGCAAUAUAUCGUUUCGGCAAACUUGCAAAAAAAGCUCUUAGUCAUUGGCAAAGACGCCCCUGAGUCGGAAACUUAUCGUCAGAUCAUGCCAGCUAUUUAUGAUGCCGCCCGCGGUAUAAAUGUCCUUUACAAAAUGUCACCAUGGUCUACGGCAAUGUUGGUGGAACAGGCCAAAUGGUCCCUUUCGGCGAUCAACGAUAGCCCGCUUGAUCAAUUUGAACCCCUGUUCAUUAUCAAAGCCGACCAACCUCUACAGAUGUUUGACGUACUGUUAAGCGUCGAUAUCCCCAUAGCAAAAGAAGGAAUUGAAUCGGUUGAUCGUAAGGGGUUCGUUUCAGAAUUCAGCGUCAAGUUAUACAAAACAUUGAAACGGGCUCUUGGCGAACGCGCGCAGUUAAUUCAUAUCUAUACACCAGAGACAGUGCCAUGGUCCAUUUCCACUUCAAUGCCGAAGGAAAAGAGGAACAGCCUCCUUGUUGGUAUUGUUAUUGAUCCUCUAAAAGCAUCGCAGAGCCGUGAAUAUGGCCCCCCUUACGAACAAAAGCAGGAAGCAGCUAAGUUCCGCGACUUCUGGGGUAAAAAGGCAGAUCUCUGGCAAUUUCCUGACGGCAACAUUGUCGAGAGUCUGGAUUGGUCGGAAUUUUCCUACCUGGGUUUUGCGGGCAUAUGUGAGGGUAUUAUACGGUACAUCCUGAAUUCACGGCUUCAGUUGGAAGAUAGUAACCUUGAAUUCCACUGGCGAGACAUUCCCAAGAUUAUGGCAUUCACUCCUUCGGACAAGCUGGGCUUCGACUCGGCAAGACAAGCAUUCGAGGUUGUUGAACGAGACAUCCGUGACCUACAAGACCUUCCCCUGCAUGUGAAGCAAAUAGCUCCUAUCUGCUCAGACCUACGGCGAACAUCGCUCAACAUGCCGGAGUUCAACUUCAGGCAACCACUCUUACACCCAAUGGAGAUUGUGAUUUCUUUCGAAGUUUCCGGAAAAUGGCCGGAGAACCUUGCCGCUAUCCAAAGAGCCAAAAUUGCUUUCCUACUGAAGAUUGGGAGUUCUUUAGAAGCACUUAAGGAAGAAGUCCAAACGCACCUUGGACUCGAAAAUGCCACCCGCGAUGAUGAGAACUUGGCAUUCCUAGAUAUUGUCUACGAGAAUGGCGCUUCUUUCAGGCUUCGGGUACACAGCGACCUUGAAGAAUCGCUUCUCGACAGAAAGACGAAAGACCAGACAGUUGAACGACACGUCCGUACGGAAGCAGCCGAUCUACUCGCCAAAUAUAGACGGAUGUAUACAAACCUACCACUCCACAACCAAACCAUAUCCACCUUCUGCACCCGAUUUCCCGCAUUAUCAUCUUCCAUACGUCUCACUAAGCAUUGGUUCAACUCUCACAUGCUCUCCUGCCACUACGGCGAGGAGCUCAUAGAGCUAUUUGUCCUCCAAGCAUUCCUCAAGCCGUACCCGUGGCAAACCCCCAGCAGCGCAAUGACCGGGUUCCUCCGAACGAUGCUCAUGCUAUCACGCUGGGACUGGCGCGACGAACCCCUCGUCGUCGACUCAGCAGACUCGCUCUCGACGUCGCAGCGUCUCGAGAUCGGCACGCGGCUCGAGGCGUGGCGCAAGAUCGACCCCAACAUGAACCGCACCGUGCUCUUCGUCGCGACCUCGCACGACGUCUCCGGCAUCGCGUACACGCUGCACGGGCCGACGCGCGUCGUCGCGACCCGGAUGACCAGCCUCGCGCGCUCGGCCUGCAAGGCCGUGAGGGAAAAGGGCGUCGACCUCAACGUAAGAACCCUGUUCCAGUCCCAGCGCCGCGACUACGACGUCCUGCUGCACCUGUCCCCGAAGGUCCUUAAGAGCAUCGUCGCCCGGGACAGUAGCGACGGCGGGUCUAGGCGUUCACGGUUCAAGAACCUGGACGCUGGAGGAGGGGGUAAUGGGAAGGGGAAGGCGGCGCUGCUGCCGCUCGCGGAACACCCCGCGCGCGUGCUGCUCAGGCGUCUGAACGAGCUGUACGAUGCGCCGCUGCUGUUCUUCCACGGCGCGCCGGACGACGCCGUGAUCGCGGCGCUGUGGAAUCCGCUCCUGCACCGCCGCGCGUUCAGCGUGCACGCGCCGUGCUCGAUGAAGCUUAUGCGCGAGAAGGGCAAGGAGGGCGAGGGCGCGGGGUUGUUCGAGGUUAAUCGGGAUGCGAUUCUGGCGGAGAUCGCGAGGAUCGGCGGGGAUGUUAUUGAGAAGAUUGAGGUUAAGGAGGAUUUUGCUUGAGGUUUUCUAAGCUGUGGCUAGCUAGGACUGCGUGAGCGGGUUGGGAAAGGGGGCUGAUAUAGCUAAUGGGAUGGAUGUAUAUAAGGUACGGAAAAGGAAGGGUGCAGAUACUCGGUUUGAAGCUUGUAUAAAAAUUUCUAUGGAAAUGAGCUAUAUGAGCGUGGUAAUGAGAAUAAUGGCAAUGCUAAACCGGGCGUGUCGUGCUGUG